GAGACGGGGGAAGGAUCGCUGUCUGCGAGGCAAAUACAUCAAGUUCCCAUCGGUCAUUGCCAGCAGGUGGUGCUUUCUUCCACCCGGCCGGCAGACAAGAAGACGGCAAUCAACCAACCGCAGUCAGACUCAGAAUGGACACAGAUCUGAAAUCCGCAAUCUCCGUCUUCCUGUCAAAUUGUGAAGAUCACCACCUGUUCCGGUUGACGAGCUUCUACAUGGAGCGACUGGAGCAGGCGAUUGAGGAGGGUGUGGAGGGAGUCGGCUUCAUGUUAAUGGGCGAGGAUCACUUCACCGGGCGAGAGUAUCACAACGUGACUGAGCUCGCGGAAAAGGGAAUCCGAGCGGGCGCUUCCAAACUCCUCCUGGAUCUGGUGAUGGAGAAGGGCUCCGGGGCCCGGAGGGUGAUGUGGGAAUCCUUUGUGAAACUACAUCACCAUUUACCGAAGCUGAGCAGAAUAUUGAAUGAAAUACGGGAACGUGGUGACGACCAGUUCGCCUACAUGGACACUGAGCGGGGUAUAUAUGAAUUGCCCACGCAUCUGAAAGAUGUUCGACAGAAACACAUGGAGACUCUGCGGGCACAAACUGAAAAACUGAGAGUGAACACGAUCCUGAUGAGGGAGAAGGUGAAGGUUUUCCAGCUGGUUGAUCGAUACGCUGAGCUCACGGUCAUUUCUACUGUUCGAGAAAGGAGACUGGUAGAACAUGAGCUUCUGGCAAGAGGCAGAGACCAGGAGGAGUGGAGACAGAAACAUCUCCGCGGAGAGCUGGAAAAAAUCCGCAUUGAUAAUCUAUUUCAGAGCAGUUACUCAAAUAGAUUUUGGGGAAAAAUUAAAAGAUUAUUUGCGCGAUCAACUUCGGGACGUUCGGCAGCAGUGGCUGGAGUACCGGGGAUCGGGAAAACAACACUGGUACAAAAGAUUGUUUAUGACUGGGCCUCGGGGAAAAUAUACCAACAAUUCCAGUUUGUCUUCAGUUUCAAAUUCCGGGAUUUAAACUCCAUUAACUGUAGAAUAAACCUGAGGGAACUGAUUCUGGAUCAAUAUCCUUACUUUGUGAAGUUACUGAGAGAGGUCUGGAAGAACCCAAAGGGAUUGCUAUUCAUAUUUGAUGGUAUAGAUGAAUUCAAACACAGAAUCGACUUUGCUGACAGUCGGAGAGAUACAGAACCCAAGCACCAGUGCUCAGAUCCCGAGUGCUGGUGUGAAGUGUCGGACAUUGUGUAUAGUUUAAUCCAGGGCAAGCUGCUCCCAGGGUGUUCAGUGCUGGUGACCACCCGUCCCACUGCGUUACAUUUACUGGAAAUGGCGGAGAUCAGUGUCUUUGCUGAAAUCCUGGGAUUUGUUGGUGAGGAACGGAAGGAAUAUUUCAUCAGACAUUUUGAAGAUCAGACGGUGGCGGCAGCAGUUAUCAAACACGUGCAGGAGAAUGAGAUCCUGUACACCAUGAGCUACAACCCCUCCUACUGCUGGAUCCUCGGUCUGGCACUGGGCCCCUUCUUCACACAAAGAGUCAGGGACCCGCAGCGAGUUCCCAAGACAAUCACCCAACUGUACUCCUACUAUAUUUACAACAUCCUGAAAAACCACGGGCGUGAGAUUGAGAACCCCCGUGAUGUGUUAUUCAGGGUUGGUCAGUUGGCCUUCAGAGGAGUGUCCGAGAAGAAGAUUGUGUUUACAGAUGGAGAUUUGAUCAACUACAAUCUGCAGCCUUCCCAGUUCCUGUCCGGGUUCCUGAUGGAGCUUUUGGAGAGAGAGGAUUCUGCCCGUAGCGUGGUGUACACAUUCCCACACCUCACCAUCCAAGAGUUUGUAGCUGCAGUCGCACAAUUCCUUGAUCCAAAUCCCGGGGAUAUUCUGAAAUUCCUUACUGAAGUCCACAACACAGCAGAUGGGCGAUUUGAGGUGUUUCUCCGUUUUGUUGCUGGUCUCUCCUCCCCAAUGACUGCUCGGGGUCUGGAGGAGUUUCUGGGUCCAUUUCCUCAUGAAACAACCUGCCGGGUGAUUGACUGGGUGAAGGAAGAGAUUAAACGCCAGAGUGGUAACACAGAGAAUGAAGCUGGUAAAAGGAGCCUCCUGAACACAUUGCACUACCUGUUUGAGUCUCAGAAUCGUGGACUGGCUCAGGCUGCACUGGGAUCUGUGGAAUCACUUUCAUUCCGCGGAAUGACACUGACCCCGAUUGACUGCGCGGUCCUGUCUCAUGCCAUCGGACUCUGUGAAACAGUAAAACAGCUCAAAUUGGAGUACUGCCUAAUUCAGUGUGAAGGAAUCCAACGUCUGGGACCCGGGCUGCACAGGUGCCAGGAUUUGAGACUUGGGGAUAAUAAACUGGAAGAUUCAGGAGUUAAACUGGUGUCUGCUGCGUUGAGGAACCCGGAGUGUAAAAUACAGAAACUGGGGCUGGACUAUGUCGGUCUCACAGAUUCUGGUGCCGAAGAUCUCGCCUCCGCUCUCAGUAGAAACACAUCCCUGACAGAGCUGAACCUGAGUGGUAAUGAACUGGCAGAUUCAGGAGUGAAACUGGUGUCUGCGGCUCUGAGGGACGCGAAGUGUAAAAUACAGGAACUGUGGCUUCACAGUGUCGGUCUCACGGAUUCUGGUGCCGAGGAUUUCGCCUCCGCUCUCAGUACAAUUCCAUCACUGACGCAGCUGAGCUUGGCAUCAAACUCGCUGACAGACCGAUCUGUCCCCGCUCUCCGCCGCAUUAUACUGACUCUCCCGAGUCUGGAGAGGAUCUGCCUGAGUGGGAAUCAGUUCAGUGAGACAUGGAGGAAGGAAGUGGAGUCUCUGAAGGAACUUCGACCCGGACUGAGAGUGGAUCUGUGAAUAUCUGCAUGUGUCAACAUCACAGCCCGCGGGAUAGGGAUAUUUUGACCGAAUUUCCGCCCUCCCAUUAAUAGGCGCCCUCCCGUUUAAUUUCCAACCGUUCCAACGGACGCUGGCUCUAGCCAAGCCUUCUGUGACGUCAGAGAUGGCUCCACAGUGACACAAUAUCGCUUCACGUCCCGCGUUUCUGCUUCCGGCUGAAGUCCGGGUAAAGAGCUCCGACAAGUGCGACCUCAGGAAUUACACAGACAGGAAGACCCCGCGGGUGGGGCCGAGUUCCCCGGAUGGGAUUAUCCCAGGAGAGGAUGCUUCUUUUUAAGGAUUGGGCUGAGGCCGAUGCAUUCGGCAGUCUGGCCGAUGUAAUGAUGUUAAAUUAGCAGACACCUCGGCAUUGACCCUCGAUCUGCAGCGAUCUCAGACACGGCACUGUGAUUUUAUAAUCAAUGGGUGAGAAACGGGACUGUUUCUGCAGCCUGUCACUCGUUGUCGCCGAUCAGUUAAUUGUGUGUGACUGUGAGUGAUUCGGGAACAGUGUAUUUAUUCCUGCCCGUCAGCAGCGCUCACAAUGUUUAAUUUACAUUUGAGCUGAGCCGAACAUGUCCUUACCUAAGAAUUUACCCAGGGUUACCCAUUCCCCUCCAAUUUUCAGAUCUCCAUGUACGUGUACAAGAGUCUCUUAAAAGACUCUAUCGUAUCCGCCUCCACUGUUGCCAGAGCCCAUUUCACGCACUCACCACUCUGAGUAAAGAAAUUACCCCUGACAUCUUCUCUGUACCUACUUCCAAAAGCACUUUGUGGAGUCACUGCCUGUUUAUGGUCCC